ACGGGAGAUCUAGAUAACUCUGCUGGCAUCGUAGGGAUUCAUCCUCACUCGGUCACUCCACAGUCCACACCACCAGGCACUCGGCUCAAGACAGCACCGCCAGCCACCAGCCACCAGCCACCGAGCUGUAUCGCCGGAACAGCGCCGAUUAUCUAGCACUAGCAGAGGUACGAGACCAAUGAGACCUUCCACGGCUGGCGCUCUGGCCGCCGCGGCCCUCGUCGCGACGCUCUUGCUGAGCGUCGGCGCCACCCCGGAGACGACGUGCGCGGCGGCGGCGGCCCGCGACCGGCGCGUGGACUACGGCUUCUGCGUGUCGAGGCUGAGCCACCACCACGACAGCCCCGACGCGGACACCUGGGGCCUGGCCAAGGUGGCCGCCGACGUGGGCGUCGCCACCGCCGGGGACGCCGUCUACGACAUCAAGGCCCUGCUGGCCAAGCCGCCGCCCGACGCCCAGGCGCGGGCGGCGCUGGAGCAGUGCCAGAGGCUGUACGACGCGGCGGAGAUGGCGUUCGCGGAGGCGUACGACGGGAUCAACCGGCGCGACUACGCGGCGGGCAAGGGCAAGGCCGCGGAGGCGGCUGCCCUGGCCCGCCGGUGCGACGACGCCUUCGCGCGGGCCGCCGUGCGCCCGCCGCCGCAGGUCGCGCGGUGGGGCGAGGAGUCCUCGAAGAUUGCGGUCGUCUGCACGGCCAUCACCGACCUCAUCGGCUGAGCGAUGGGUACUACCGGUCAGGGCCAGCUGAUGCGCUGGCUGCGUCGUCGUGAUCCGCGGGCGUGUUGUCUUGUGAUCCGUUGGUUACACGCCACGCCAGCCAGAGCCAGACAAAACGCGGACGAACUUGUGAAUUGUUAUGGUGGAAUAAAAGCGUUUUAUUUCUGCGC